CAUCGAGCUUCCUGCAUGGAGCCUGCUUCUCCCUCUGCCUAUGUCUCUGCCUCUCUCUCUCUCUCUCUCUCUCUCUCUCUCUGUCUCUGUGUGUCUUUCAUGAAUAAAUAAAUAAAAUCUUAAAGGAAAAAACAAUGCAUGCUUACAGAGCACUGUUUUGUACCAAAAAUCCUGGGCACUGGAUGAGGAUACAGUGAACAAGAAGAACAAGGUCCCCGUCCUUAUGACCCAUCCAUUCCAAUGGGAGAAGAUUGAUGAUAAAGCAAGCAAACAAAUGAGUGCAGUAAUAUUGGAUGGUGGCAAGUGAGUAUAGGAUGGCUGGUUUGGUUUUGUGUGAACCAACAGAACUUUACAACAUCUUGAAUCAGGUCACAAAACUUUCCCGAUUGACUGAACCCAACUAUCUCUGCUUAUUGGAUGUGCGUUCCAAACAGGAGUAUGACGAAAGCCAUGUGAUUACAGCCCGUCGAGUGAAGAAGAAGGAAAAUGAGUAUCUUAUCCCGGAGUCUGUGGAUCUGGAGUGUGUGAAAUACUGUGUGGUAUAUGAUAAUAACACCAGCACCCUGGAGAUAAUCUUAAGAGAGCAGGACGAGGAUGACAACUCUGAUGAUAGCAGACAAGAACUGGUGCCUGGAGCUGCUGUGGCAUGUGGCAGAGCCCUGGCGCAACUCACUCACCACCCUGUCUGCAUCCUAAAAGGAGGUUAUGAGUGCUUCUCGGCCAUGUACCACUUCUUUCGGACACAGAAGAUCAUCUGGAUGCCACAGGAACUGGAUGCCUUUCAGCCCUACCCUGCUGAAAUAAUGCCAGGCAAGAUCUACCUGGGCAAUUUCAGGCAAGCCUGCGACCCAAAAAUUCAGAAGGAUUUGAAAAUCAAAGCACAUGUCAAUAUCUCCAUGGAGACAGGGCCAUUUUUCAUAAACGAUGAUGACAAUCUUCUACACAUCAAGAUAGAAGAUUCCCUGGAAGCCAACAUUUUCCCCUUUUUACGGCACCUCUGUCACUUCCUGGAAAUUCAUCUCCAGCUAGGCUCGGUCAUCCUGGUCUUUUCCACACUGGGCAUCAGUCGCAGCUGUGCGGCCAUCUUGGCCUUCCUCAUACACUGGAAUGAGCAGACCUUGAAGAAGUCCUGGGACUUUGUCAAGAAGUGUAAAAACAACAUGCGUCCAAAUCGGAGCUUGGUGGCUCAGCUGUCAGAAUGGGAGAAGGUGAUCCUCGGAGAUUUUGUCACAGACAUCUUCGAUCCACUCUACUGAUCUUCUCUGUGGUCCAGCUAUGGGUCCCGAAGAACCUUGUGGGGGUGGGGUGGGGGUGGCGCUCUUGUGGGUAGUGGGCCAGGCUGUGUAACCAGGUUGGUGUGGAAAGAGAAGGCCUUUGCUGCCUGGA